AGUCUUCAAAGCAGUCAUCCCUUUUUCUCAACAAUUUUGCAUCGAUCUUACCGUGCCUAAAUCAGAGAAGGUAUGGAGGUAUUGUUUUAGGCAGGACAUACCCAAAGAUUGUGAAGCAAGGAAAUCCUUGUCUCUUAUACCUCACUUAAUAGCAAAUUACCAACCCUCGGCAUCUCUUUAUUCUCUCUGAGGAUUAAGUAGUGUUUACAAUAUCGCUUUUAAUGAGAUCUUGUAGUGAGGUCAUGUUUUCCCAUAUCGGGCUCACUGGAAGAGAAACCGCAGCUGUGUUUUGAUGACAAAGGCAACGUUCAGGGAACAGAGAUUUGGAAAAAUGACCCACUGCUAUUACAACGAGUCGGUCGAGUUCUUCUACAACAAAAGUGGGAAGGAGCUGUUCCACUACUGGAGGUCCAAGGAUGUCUUGGUGGUCGUCCUUGGCUUGACUGUCAGCAUCAUCGUCCUUCUCACCAACUUGUUGGUCAUCACCGCCAUCUUUAUCAACAAGCGCUUCCACUACCCUAUCUACUACCUGCUGGGGAAUCUGGCCGCUGCUGAUCUCUUUGCUGGCAUUGCUUAUAUGUUCCUGAUGUUCCACACCGGGCCCAGGACAGCUCAGCUCUCUCUCAAUACCUGGUUUAUCAGGCAGAGCCUCUUGGACACCAGCCUCACCGCUUCGGUGGUCAACCUCUUGGCCAUUGCGGUGGAGAGGCAUCAGACUGUGUUCACCAUGCAGCUCCACAGCACCAUGUCCAAUCAGCGGGUGAUGAUUCUCAUCUGCUGCAUCUGGAUCACAGCUCUGUUGCUGGGCCUUAUCCCAUCGUACGGCUGGCACUGUCUGUGCAAUCUAGACAGUUGUUCCAAGAUGGCGCCCCUCUACAGCCGCAGCUAUUUGACCUUCUGGGCCCUCUCCAAUCUUUUCAUCUUUGUGGUCAUGGUGGUUGUUUACACUCACAUCUUCGUCUAUGUGAAGAGGAAGAUGGCACGGAUGUCCAAGCACACUAGCUUCCACCCACGCUACAAGGAGACGAUGAUCAACCUCAUCAAGACAGUCAUCAUUAUUCUUAGUGCCUUUGUAAUCUGUUGGACUCCUGGCCAGGUGGUGCUUCUGCUGGAUGGCCUGGGCUGUAAGAGCUGCAAUGUGUUAGCCGUGGAGAAAUACUUCCUCUUGCUAGCCGAAAUCAAUUCGGUCAUCAACGCCAUCGUCUACUCCUACCGGGACAAUGAGAUGCGCAGCACCUUCCGGAAGAUUCUGUGCUUCCCCUGCUACAGGCCCCCAAAGUACUCACCGGCAUCAGUCAAGUCCAGCAACACGGAACACAGAAUAUUACCCCAGAACGGGCAUCUGACUAUGGACUCCAGUCUCUAAUUCUUCUGCUGUAGACUCAUUGAUACUGGUUUGCUGAAGUCGUGGGGGCCCCUGUGCGACUCCCUGGUUUGCCCUCUGAGGGUAGCAGUGUGAACAAGGCUAGCAACCGUGUCCUGUAAGGGACAAACUUGUUCCUGUGGAUUGUUCAGUGGCUAUGGAAGGCGGUCUUGGUCUGGGGCUACCAUACCAUGAUGGCAAUCAGCUUCAUGACCCAGGUCCUUUCGUGGCUGUGGAUGACUGUGUCUGGGAUAUAGCAAAUGAACAUGCUUGACAGAGCUUAAGGCAGUACGUACCUUGACUCUGUGCUACAGCUGGAAAGGCACCUUAAACACUCUAGAGUUAAGAACCAGUUCAAAACUGGCUUGCACCAUAGCGUUUGUUUUUUUUAGCACAUGUGUUUUUCCCACUCACCACCCCUCCAUAGGAGCGGCUGCAGUCCAGAUCUGCAGGCAGACUAAUGGGUGGUCUCUUGGGACAAAAUUUUAUUGGCCUUGCUACAUUAAACAGAAUUGUUUGGCUAAACUUUGAGAGAAGUGUUGGAACACCAAUUCUGGGGGUACACAUGUCUCUGUGCAGCAGCGAGUGUUUAUUUUUAACAGCUGUGUUGAUUCAGCAGAGUGGUGGCCCCUCUCGAUGGGCCGAAGCACUCAUCCAGAUGUUUUCUGCACAGGGCGAAGUAUUGUCCUCUUGGCCCUUUCAGUAUUACUGCCCUUUUUUGGCAUGGCCGUUCUAGGGCUAAGAGUUCUCUGAUAAUCUGUUAUAACCUCCUCUGGUUUGGCAGCUCAAACUGUAGCAACUUCUCAGGAACGUUCCAGGUCAAGGCAGUGGCAGAGCUGACGGCUGCCCUGCCUGGUAAAGUGGACGGUAGAUGUUAGGUUGGCAGGUGAUCCGUAUGAUCUGGGACCAGGUAUUGCUGCAGGGCUAUACAGACAUUAAACAUUAAAGAACCAUUUAUUCUGUU